GUCCUCUUCCCGAUCAUCAUUCACCCCGACCAUCAAUUAAUCAUGUCCGUCCGAUCUCGAUCUCCUUCUUGAACCUCCUUUUGUCUUUCACCUUGCUGUGUAAUUGUUCCUCCUCUUCCCUCACUGCUUGUAGAAGCAAGACGUUCCGUAUCGCAUGGCUGGCCAAGUACGGAUCGUCGGUUCCACUUAUCGAGCUUCCUGGCUCUCAACCCCCCUCAGCGAUAGACAGUCAUCGCCUUCACGACCACCACUUUCUACUCGAUUACCUACCUCUUUCGUGACCCACGCAAUUACGGGCUUGUCCCAAUGAUGGCUGGGGAAUCAUGGACGGGGGUCUGCGUGCACUGCGCUGAGAUCCUGGCGAAUGUCCCCCCACAGAUUCUCCUCGCGACGAUCGCUGCAACGCUGCUGGGGUUCCUCGUUUUGUUCUACGUCACCCUCUACAUCGUCGCCCCCAUCCCGCGCGAACCCCUCCCCGAGGAGAAAACCUACCGCACCCUCUCCAAAGACGGUUCCAUCACCAAACCGGAACAGCUUCCCUGCUGGCAGGAUGCCCAGGGUAAGCCCUCGAGCCGGAAACCCGCCCACACAGACAUGGAACCGGCCGAGGUCUUCAUGUCCUUGGUGGUCCCGGCCUACAACGAAGAGGACCGGCUGGGCGGUAUGCUCGAAGAAGCGGUGAACUAUCUCGAGCGCAUGUACGGUACUCUGGCUGCCACCGCCGCUGCAUCCGCUUCAGCGAACGGCAGCGCCAAGCGCACGACACGCAGCGCUACGCGACAACGGAAGCCUGCGGAGAAUGGACACGCGAUCAACGGCCACGCGGUCAAUGGGGCGGCGUCGGCGUGGGCGGAUAAGGGGUGGGAGAUUAUCAUCGUGUCGGACGGAUCCAAGGACAAGACGGAGGAGAUGGCGUUUUCGUUCGCCCGCGACCAUCAGCUGUCGUUGCAUCCUAAGGGAUAUGCGGGCCCCUGGACCCCGGGCACCCAGGAAGGCGUGCACAUCCCGCCGGGGACGAUUCGCGUGGUGACCUUGGCGCAGAACCGCGGGAAGGGCGGCGCGGUGACGCACGGCAUGAGACACGUUCGCGGCCAGUAUGUGGUGUUUGCGGAUGCGGACGGGGCUAGUAACUUUGAGGAUUUGGGGAAACUGGUGACGGCCUGUCGGGCGAUCGAAGACCCCGCGGGACGUGGGCUGGCGGUGGGAUCACGGGCGCAUAUGGUUGGAAGCGAAGCUGUUGUCAAGCGCUCGAAAAUCCGAAAUUUCCUAAUGCACUCCUUCCACCUAAUCCUAUGGCUCAUGACACCGCCCAAGACCGCCACAGUGCAAGACACGCAGUGCGGAUUCAAGCUAUUCACCCGAUCAUCACUCCCUUACAUCAUCCCAUACAUGCACUCCGAGGGGUGGAUCUUCGACGUCGAGAUGCUCAUGCUAGCGGAGUUCGCGCGCAUUCCCGUCGCCGAAGUACCCGUCGGGUGGCGCGAGGUGGGAGGGAGCAAGUUGAAUGUGCUCCGUGACAGUAUCGGCAUGGCGUGGGGACUGGCGGUGCUUCGGGCUGCUUGGUCGUUGGGGAUUUAUCGGUUGAAUUGAUUGUAGUAUACUACAGUGAAU